AUGGCUGACAAGGAGGGGGUGACGCUGUCACUGGAGGAGGAGGGGGAGGAUGCCGACAUGGACCUGGAGGGGAACAUCAUGCCCCGGGACGUACCCAUCACUGGGCCCUUUGGAACGUGGUCUUACCGCAACGAUGUCGAUGCCGAAGUUGGGGCUGGCCUGAGAUGCCCCUGGUCUCCUGCGCCCUGCCCGGGCUGCCUGGCACUCGCUGGCUUCUCAUCCCCCACCAUGGGCACUGUGGCCCUCUGUGCUGUUCCGGGGCCCAGGUGCUGUGGCACUGGGCUGGGUACAGGGGGGGUGAGGUCUGUGUCCUGCUGCUUGUCCCUAGAUGCCAGCGUGCCCAACGUGCAGGUGACGAGGCUCACCCUGAUGUGCGAGCAGGCACCAGGGCCCAUCACCAUGGACUUGACAGGAGACCUGGAGAUGCUGCGGGGCCGGGCCUUUGUACUGAAGGAGGGGGUGGACUACAGGGUGAAGGUGUCCUUCAAGGCACCGCAUGGCUGGCUGGCACGGGGCUCCUACCGCGUCCGCUCCCUCGUCACCGAUGAUGACAAGAUGGAGCAUCUCUCCUGGGAGUGGGGCCUCUGCAUAAAGAAGGCCUGGGAGGACUGA